AGAAAGCGUGAACCAAAUAAAGGAUGCGAUAGUUUCAGUAUAUAAGGGGCCCUUUCCGUUUCUCGUCUUCAACUCUUCUGUCCCGCUCAAGCCUUGAAAAUCGUUGCUAUCGCCAAAAGCUGCCCGCUUUAUCAUUAAUACUGGUAACAGGUGCUGCAUUCUUCGUCUGGGUUUUCUUAGUGAUGCCGAAGUGGAGGAGAAAGGAGAGUAAGAAGAAUCCGGAGAAAGAACUGGCUGCCGAAGACUGGUGCUUUACGUGCAAGGAUGGCGGUGAACUGCUUCUUUGUGACAACAGGAAGUGUGUAAAAGCCUACCAUCCAGAUUGUGUAGGGAAAGAAUAUUCAGCUUUGACAAGUAAUCAACGCUGGAUAUGUAAAUGGCACUCCUGUUUGAUUUGUGGUAGAUCUUCAAUCCUCCAUUGUUAUUGCUGUCCAAAUGCAGUAUGUCGCAAGUGUUUUAAGCAUGCAAAAUUUGUUCGGGUUAAGGAUGAGCGUGGAUUCUGCAAUAAUUGUCUAAAGCUAGCAAUACUUGUAGAGGAAAAUAAGGAUGUUGAUUCUGAAGGGGAAAGUGUAGACUUAAAGGACCGGGAAACCUAUGAGGGCCUGUUUAGAGAGUAUUAUGAGAUUAUCAGGGAAAGUGAAGGACUUGAUUUAGAUACUCUUCGUGCAGCUAAAAUCCGACUAGACCUGGACAAAAGUGAUCUAUCAUCAUCUGACUCUGAACCUGCUGAUGUAGGUGAAGAUGGAAAGGAUCAAUGCAUCCUUUCUGAUGAUGAUGAUGAUGAUGAGGAACACCCAUAUGAAUGGGGAGGAAAGAAGUCUGGACACAAAAAGAAGAAACCAGAAUCACAGAAAGCCAGUUCUAGGAAAAAGAAGAAACCCAAAAAAAUUGUAUUUAGUGGUUGGGGUUCUGACACUCUCAUAUGUUUUCUUAAAUCAAUUGGUGAGGAAACUAAACUAGAGAGGAAACCUGAUGAUGUGGAAAGGAUCAUCCUUCGAUAUGUAAAAGAAAACAAGCUCACUCAUCCUACUAAGAAAAGGAAGGUCAUUUGUGACUAUAAACUGCAAUCCUUAUUACAGAAGAAGGAGAUCAACAAAAACAGAAUACCUAAGCUCAUUGAAUGUCAUUUUGCUCUGAACGAAGAGGAAUCGGAGGAUGGUGAUAUUUUCAAUGUAGAUGGAGAUAAGAAAAACACGCCGACCAGUGACCUGGAAACGGAGAAUCAGUCAGACAAUGAUGAUGCUCUCAAGAAGGAAGGGUUAAUAGCCGGUAUACUUCAGAGUAAAUAUGCUGCCAUAAUUCCAGAAAACAUUAAACUUGUUUACUUGAAGAAGAGCUUGGUGCAUGAGUUAUGCAAACAACCUGAUGCAUUUGAAGAAAAGGUGAUAGGGUGCUUUGUUCGGUUCAAGUCAAAUCCAAAUGGUUUUCACUGUCGGAACCUGUAUCAACUUGAGCAAGUUACAGGCAUCAGAAGUGCUUUCGUUGGUGAAGAAAAAAGUGACAUUAUGCUUUCUGUUUCAAAUAUGCCGAAUGAUAUUUGCUUAAGUGUGCUCUCGGAUGCUGAUUUUUCUGAGGAGGAAUGUGGAGAGUUACUAAAGAAGGUGAAAGCUGGGCUGAUAAGGAAACCUGUUUUGGUUGAACUACAAGAGAAAGCAAGCAGUCUUCACAAGGAUAUAACCAAGCAUUGGCUUCCUAGGGAGAUAAAUAGACUGCAGAACCUCAUCAAUUUAGCGAAUGAGAAAGGAUGGAGACGUGAAUUAUAUGAGUACUUGGAAAGGAAACAGAAGCUGGAAAAUCCAAAAGAAGUGUCUCGGCUAUUAG